CCCCAAACACUUUUCUCUCUCUCUCUCUCUCUCUUUCUCUCUGCUUUCUUCAUUUGCUCCUUUCUUCUUCCGGCCAUUCAGGACCGUCAAGUCUUGUUUUUUACUCCGGCAAGCAUAGUUUUCAGACAGUCUCAUCUCUGAGAGUUCCAUUUCCGACGUCCUUCUUAUUUUGUUUUCUCGUUACACCUUCUUCAAGUUUUCAGUUUUCCUUUUAUCAAUCCCGAAAAGUCUCCGGUUUGCUGGAAAUUUUCCGGGAGGUGGAAGGUUAUAGAUUGUUCCUGAUUUCAUAGGCAAAAAUCGUUUGUGGGUGUCUAACUGGAGCAGAUAUGAACCGAAUCAGUUUCUGGGAUCUAUAGAAACGGCCGGAGAACAGAGUUGAGCUGAUUCCAACUCCAGAUUCGCAAAUUUAACGUUUUUCGGGUUGCUUUUCCUUUUCUGCGUCGAGUUUUUGGUUUUCCUCCGGCGAGAUCUUAAUCCGCGAAGCUAUGGCCUCAUCUCCGUUGACUGCGAAUGUUCAGGGCAACAAAGCUCCUUCGAGGAAUAGAGUUGAAGAAACUGCCGACAAGCAGAUACAAUUCAGUGAACAAGUCUUUGAGGGAAAUGACUAUGCACCCAAGGUACGGAAACCAUACACGAUAACAAAAGAAAGAGAGAGAUGGACAGAUGAAGAGCACAAGAAGUUUGUGGAAGCCUUGAAACUAUACGGACGAGCAUGGAGACGAAUCGAAGAACAUGUGGGAACAAAGACUGCUGUUCAGAUUCGAAGCCAUGCUCAGAAGUUUUUCUCUAAGGUUGCUAGAGAAGCAACUGGUGGUAAUGGGAGCUCGCUGGAGCCGAUUGUGAUUCCGCCUCCUCGUCCCAAGAGAAAACCAAUGCAUCCUUACCCACGCAAGUUUGGGAACGAGGCAGAUCAGACAAGUAGAUCGGUUUCUCCCUCAGAACGAGACAACCGAUCUCCAACCUCUGUGUUGUCCACUGUUGGAUCAGAAGCCUUGGGUUCGUCUGAUUCACAUUCACCCGAUCGAAGCUUGUCUCCGGUUUCUUCUGCAUCACCUCCAUCUGCUCUUACAACUACUGCAGAUGCACCUGAAGAGCUUGAGACUCUGAAGCUGGAGUUGUUUCCAAGAGAGAGACACUUAAACAGAGAGAGCUUGAUCAAGGAACCAGCAAAGCAAAGCCUUAAACUCUUUGGGAAGACAGUUUUGGUAUCUGAUUCAGGCGUGUCCUCUUCUCUAGUAACUUCAGCAACUUACUGUCAAUCCCCAAUUCAGCCAUUACCACGGAAACUCCCAUUGAUAAUAAACCCGAAAGAAGAACUCUUGAGUUGUUGGAUACAAGUCCCUCCUAAGCAAGAAGAAGAAGUCGAGAAUAGAUGUUUGGAUUCUGGCAAGGCUCUUCAAAAUGAAGGAUCAUCGACUGGAUCAAACACUGGCUCGGUGGAUGAUACAGGAAACACGGACAAGAACUCAGAACCGGGAACAACGGUAUGUCAUUGGGAGUUUAAACCUAGCGAGAGGUCUGCAUUUUCUGAGCUCAGAAGAACAAAUUCUGAUUCAAAUUCAAGAGGAUUUGGUCCGUACAAGAAGAGAAAGAUAGUCAUAGAAGAAGAAGAACAAGAACAACAGGAGAUUCGCCUGUACUUAUAAUAUACAUUUUCUCAGGUUCCUGAUAAAAGUCCAUAAAUUUACUAUUCAUUCGACUUCUAAAUGUUCAUCAAAGUGUUCCUUUUGUUGUUGUUUUCUUCGAGCUGUUUGUUGUUUAGGUUAGGCUCCUACAAAAUUUGUAACUGUAGAACUCUCUCUUGUACAACAAUUCUUUCUAAAAUUAAUCUAGUGAUUAUGAGAUCUUUGUUGAAAAAA